AUGUCCACCUUACUGGAAUUGUUCAACUUUGUCCUUCUCGUUAUUGUGACCUUCACAGGAAUGGUUUUGGACGUAGUCCUGGUCUGGGUGGACACUAAAGAUGAUUGGGUAACAAUAAUUGUGUUUAAUUUGAUUGCUGCAUAUUCCUCUGGUCAUGCCGUUAUCUUGAUCUUCGUGAAUCCCAAACUGAAACAGGAAUCAAUCAAGAUGCUACAUCAACUACAAUGCUGA